GUGCACUUUACAUGAUCCUACUAUAAUCCGUAUGAUGAAAGCUAUUCAUAUUAUUUGAUAAGCUAAAAUCACGAAGUUAUUUCAGUAAACCAUGCUCUUCUCUAAAAUACUUGUGGUAUUCUUUAUUGUGCUAUGCGCUAUCGCAUAUUCUGCGGACGCACGUCGAAGGGAAUGGGAGAGAGAUUGCCCGGCUUGCAGGAGAGGGGAUAUGCGUUACAAUGAAGACGAAUGCAGAAAAUGCAGAGCCAAGCAUCCCCGCUUUAUAAGAGGAGGAGGACAGUUCCGUUGAU